CCUCUAUCUUAUCCACUCAUGCUUUAGCGGCCAGAGACGUGUUACAAGUUCUUGGCAAGAACCUUUGCCUAAUGGAACCUUCAACAAGCAAAAGCUAGCUGAACAGUUUGCAGAUCAUUGACAUUAUCCAGGGCCAACUAUUAAUAUUGCUACCGCUAAGUACCACACGCCUUUAACGUUUAUAUCCAGUGUAUCGAGAACGGGCCAAGUCCUAAUAAAAUUCAUGGACCGAAAGUCGAGUAUGGGCUGAGUACUCCUGUGUCUCCAGCACUGAUUAUGUUUUUGUGUCACUGUUAUAUUGAAGAUACCUGCGGUGGUUUCAACAUAGAGCUAUCAGCAGAUUACGCUGUCAGCCUCGUUGCAGAUUUCGAUUCCCACACGGGACAAGGCGCGUUUGUCGUGUACCGCGGCAACCGGUCGGUGCUGCCGUCACCGACACCGACACUACCGGCAGGUACAACCCGGCCGAGCGGUUCUGUGGCCAAUUUUGACUGCGUAUGGCGGGUAAAUGCCCCGGCUGCGACCCGCAUGGAGAUUGCAGUGACCGCUUACACCCAACAGUUCUCGGGUACUUGGCUGAGGUUUGACGACGGUUUGGCCGAGAUGCCCACUGCCAGACCGAUCAAGGAGAUCCAUGGGCCCAACGACAUCCCGGCCAAGAUAUAUUUUAGUGGCCCUACCAUGUGGGUGACACUCUACAACCAGUUUGAUUCUGAUUCGGCCCUGGUGAAAAUGGAGGUUGAGUUUACUGUUCACAAAACACAUGACUGUGGCACCGAGUUCUUUAAAUGUCCGUCCAAUAUGGCCUGCAUCGACAUGGCAUAUCGCUGUGAUGGCUUCAGCAACUGUGAAGCGCACGGGGAUGAACUCGGAUGCGGGGGAUGUCGUUUAUAUGAGUUUGAAUGCGAUCCAGGUGGGAGCUGUAUUUACCCACAGUCUGUCUGCGAUGGUGCUGCCAUAUGCCCCGCUGCCAACGACGAAUUUAAUUGUGGUUAUAUAGAGUCCCCCAUCAACCUGACCCAGGCCGAUGUGUACUCCCUUGACCGGCGCGGCCUGAACGAGGACGCCCCGUUGGACAUAUCCUCUCCGGCAGGCACGCGGAUCAUGGUCACUGUGCCUUACCCGACCAGCUAUGAUAUAGUCUUCGGUGAGGGACCCUAUACCAGGUACAGCAACACCUCUAACGGGUUUCGAACAAUCAGGCCUCCCGGCCUCUCCGGCGGAGCAAACCGCACGGCAUACCCGCAGACGAUCUCGUCUAGCGGCCCGCAGAUGUGGAUAACAGUCAAAGACAAUUUUUGGGUGACUAUCAACAAGGGGUUCUGGCUUCAAUUUCAGGCCUUCUCAGAUGCAGAAUGUUCCUCUAACCUUGUGCUAUGCGGGUCUGGAAGAACGUGUAUCGAGUCAUCGGCUCUCUGCGAUGGGAAAGUGGAUUGCCCAGAGUACGAAGACGAAGUUGGAUGCGGAGACUGCGGUCCAGACGAGUUCAAGUGUCCCUUGGGAGGAAAAUGCAUAUCCAAACGCUCAAUCUGCGAUGGAAUAGUCGACUGUGAGCAAGCCUCUGAUGAAUUCAGUUGCGGGCCAUGUGGAGAUGCACACUUUAACCUCACCGACACUUCGCCGGUCACACUCACGUCCCCAGCCUGGCCCCAAAACUACCCUGACAAAGUGGACUGUCAGUACCUGCUGCAGGCCGCAAGGGGCCACCGUGUCAUGAUGACGUUCAUGACCUUUGACACGGAGCAGGGCUACGACAAACUGUGGAUCGGCAAUGGGCUCACCCCGAUGGAGGACGUCAUUCUACAGCUCAGCGGCAAAAAGUUCCCGGCGAGGGUUGCUUCGAUGGAACACUCAAUGUAUUUGGUGUUUUCUUCUGACUACCAGAACAAGUAUCCGGGGUUUUCGCUGCGAGUUGAACAGGUUUCUCCUGACCAAGUUUCCUGUGAAGCAGAGGAAACGCUGUGCGACUACAAGGAUUUUAUCUGCGUCAGCGAGAACAACGAAGAAGUCUGUCCUGACCUGCAAUGCGACUCCGACGCUGUGACCUUUCUCGACGACGCUGUAAUCGUCAAGUCGCCGGGCUAUCCGCAGCCCUACCCGGCGGGCCUGUACUGCCGCUGGGAAGUGCCCUCCCGCGGUCCGGCUCCAGCCACACUGUUCCGUGUCCUGGACUUCUCCACCGAGGCAGGCGAGGAUGUGGCCCAGGUCAGCGGGCUCACUUUCCCCGGGGGUGAACCAGUGGGCUACACGCUUGCGGGGACCACAACCAAGAUACUCGCCGUGGUGUUUAACGCUUCGAUGGGACUGACUGUCCGAUUCCAGACCGACUCUAACAUCCAGCUGACUGGAUUCCACUUCCACCUGAUCAAUAUCAAUUUAACAGCUGGGGAGUCAGAUUGGUGCAUGUUUGACGGGCAGUCAGGGUUCCUGUGCGAGGAGGGAGCGUGUCUUGUAGCAUCAGCAGAAUGCGAUGGAUUCCUUGACUGCCUGAACGGAGAAGACGAGAACGAAUGUGCUGAGGUGUACUGCCCAUCAGAUUACCACUGCAGCCGAACAAAAACCUGCAUUGUGUUCCAAAGUGUUUGCGACGGUAAAAUUGACUGUGAGCACGGCGACGAUGAAGUAGAAUGCGAUAACAAACGCUGUCCAAACAAUUGUUCCUGUACGUACGUCAAUGGCCAAUUCCAGGUAAUGUGUUCACAUGAUUGGAAACCAGAUGAUUUACAAGACAUCGCGAAAAUCACCGUGGCACUCCGGCUAACUCGGCAAAAGAACCACAGUUCCAUUCAACUCGUACCGGGACUUUUUAAAGAAUUGAAGCUUCUUCGAUCACUCUCUGUCCCCUACAACAAGCUACGUGAAAUCCCACCAGGAACCUUCUACGGCUUGGGAAAUCUUACAUAUCUGAAUAUUUCCGGGAAUAAGAUGACUGAGAUAGUAGCCGACACAUUCAGUGAACUCCAGAACCUCGAAGCGCUGGUCAUUACGGAUGCACCAGAAUUGCGAAUUGCAGCUAAGAAUGCAUUCACUGGUCUCUACAAUCUGAAAACGUUGGUCCUGGUUCGAGACAUAGGCGACGAUGACCCAUUAGAUGCGAAAUACGGAGCCUUUUCCUCUCUACCUGCUUCUACAAAAGCUGUUGUUGAUGACUACCGACUUUGCUGCAAUCUCCUGAGAGAUAUUCCAGGCUUCCAGAUCAGCAACUGUCAUACAACACAGUCACAGCCCCCGCUCAACCUCUGCGGUUCCCUCAUGCAGAACUACGGACUGCGCGUGUGCAUGUGGGUCCUUGGGAUUAGCGCCCUCUUUGGCAACUUUGUGGUAAUUGUUUGGAGGCUUCGUCACAAGGAAGGAAAUGAAGUCAAGAAGACUCACUCUUUGCUGAUAGCUAAUCUUGCCGUGUCUGAUUUCAUUAUGGGGGUGUACAUGUUGAUAAUAGCCGCUGCCGACAUUCACUACGGGGAGCGGUACUCCACUCAAGCGGCGCAGUGGCGGACCAGCGCGCCAUGUAAGGCUGCCGGGGUGUUGUCUGUUCUGUCCAGUGAGGCCUCGGUGUUCUUCGUUACAAUGAUCAGUCUUGAUUGCCUCCUGGGUAUCGUGUUUCCCUUCACCAGGAUGAAGCUCGGCGAGACGUCUGCCAUUAAGUUCAUCAUAGUGGGUUGGGUGGCGGCUCUCUGCUUAAGCAUCGUACCGACUCUAGUCGUCGACUCCAACUCGGACAUCUACGGUCUGUCUGACGUCUGCAUCGGCCUGCCCCUGACCACCAAGGCGGACGGAGUCCAGCUUGAGCCCAGUGACGUCAACAAUCCAUUCGGGGACGCAGACGCCUUGCAAAUCGUCUCUUCGACCGGUCAGAAACCAGCCUGGAUCCUGUCAAUCGUCAUGUUUCUCGGCAUCAAUCUCUGCUGUUUCCUGGUCGUCCUUGUCUGUUACGUCGCCAUCUUCAUCAAGGCCAAGCGGUCUGCUAGCCAGAUCAGAAAGAACUCUAACCGGGACAGCGAGAUCAAAAUGGCCGUCAAGAUGGCGCUGAUCGUCGGUACGGACUUUGCCUGCUGGAUGCCUGUCAUCAUUCUCGGUAUCCUGUCUCAGACCGGGGCGGUGCAUGUCGGUGCUGAGGUCUACUCCUGGAUCGUAGUCCUGGUCCUUCCCAUCAACUCCUCUCUCAACCCUUACCUGUACACGAUCUAUUCGUCUGUCAUGGCCAAGCGCAGCGUGCAGCCCAGUAACGUGAAGUCGGGUAAUACAGUUUCGAAACCCAAAACUGGAUCAAUCGAAACAGUAAACUCCUCCUUGUCAGACAGCAAAACAUAAUUGAUUAACACUUAUUGUAAGCGCAUGCAUU